UGCACAAAAUAAAUAGGCGGAGGAAUAUCCACAAGGUGCUGAGAAUCAUACGUCACAGACAUCACGUCAGAAAAAAAAAAAGUGCCAAAUACGGAGGCGCCAAUCACGACGACCACCCGCGCACCAUCACGUCUUCGCGAAGUCGACGGCAGCCUCAGCAGCUCUGCGUGGGUGUGUGCCCCGCUGCUGCUCGCCGUAUCCGCGCUGGCGUGCGCCGCUGUGGGCUAAAAGGGAGCGUGGGCUGUGCGUGCCAGCACUCAGCCACGGGGACAUGUGUACGUCUACUGUGGUCCGAUGUAUAA